AUGGAGUGGAGCAACAAAUCAGUGGUGACUGAAUUCAUUCUGUUGGGCUUGUCUAGUUCUUGGGGACUCCAGCUUUCCCUUUUCUUUGUCUUUUCUUUAUUUUAUGGUGCUGCUGUGCUGGGCAAUUUGCUUAUAAUUCUCACAGUCAUUACAGACUCCCGCCUGCACUCCCCCAUGUACUUCCUCCUUAGCAACCUCUCCUUCAUUGAUGUGUGUCAGGCCACCUUUGCCACCCCUAAAAUGAUUGCUGAUUUCCUCAAUGAGCACAAGACCAUAACCUUUGAGGGUUGCAUGUCCCAAAUCUUCUUUUUGCAUGUCUUUGGAGGCAGUGAAAUGGUGCUUCUUGUUGCCAUGGCAUAUGACAGAUAUAUUGCUAUAUGCAAACCCCUUCACUAUAUGACCAUCAUGAGUCGGCGUGUGUGCACAGUUUUGGUGUCAGUCUCAUGGGCUAUUGGCAUCUUGCACUCAGCAAGCCACUUGGUUUUCACAGUGAACUUGCCUUUCUGUGGGCCCAACAAGGUGGAUAAUUUCUUUUGUGACCUACCUCUAGUGAUUAAGCUUGCCUGUUUAGAUACCUACUUUCUGGAAAUCAUGGUGCUAACUAAUAGUGGGCUCUUAUCCCUCAUCUGCUUCAUCCUUUUAUUAAUUUCUUAUACAAUCAUCCUUGUCACUGUCCAAAGCCGCUCCUCUACAGGGACUUCAAAAGCACUUUCUACCCUGUCUGCCCAUGUUACUGUUGUGGUGCUUUUCUUUGGACCAUUAAUCUUCAUUUAUAUUUGGCCUUUUGACAGUUUCCCUAUUGACAAGUUUAUCUCUGUGUUUUUCACUGUCUUCACUCCGUUCUUGAACCCUAUUAUCUAUACUCUGCGAAAUGAAGAGGUAAAGGCAGCUAUGAGGAAGCUACGAAGUCGGCAUAUAGGAUCCAAGCAGAUCUCCUAG